CUCGAACUACUCCAACUGUGGCUGCGACAACCAGGCCGAGUGCGCCCAGUCAAUUCAUGACUAUCAAACAGCAAUCAAAUACAGUCAUAGCCUCAAAUGUACUGACAUCAACAGCAAUAGCAACAACAGCAUUGACAACAACGGCCACAGUAAACGCCGCAUUAGCCGGCACAAUGCUUACGGCAAUGGCUCCAUCGAGUGCGUCGAUAAGAACAGCAGCCACUACAGGUGUUAAUAGCCAAAUUACAGACGAGAGAGGUAGCGUUACCUCGCCACAUCAUCACUCAACAGUUGGCGUUGUUAGCAGCAAUUAUGUAGUAAAUGAAAUUGCCAYCGCCAGCAGCAGCAAGCCCGACGGAACGAAUACAGUCGACGUAGACAACAUCAAUGGCAGUGUGCUUGGUGGCCGUUAUGACGGCGUGUCCGAUACUUCAUCAAAUCGACACCAUCGCCGACAUUUGAAUGGCAAUAGCCAGCAAGCUAACUACUGCGACGACGACGGCCACGACGACAGAGACAAGGUUAAUUGUUACGCUUCAGGCACCCGUUCCCCUCUGUGGCACGUCAGCGAUAAGCAAGUCUCCCCCGCUGCCCCAACAGCUCUAACGUCGGCAACAGCUUGCUGGCAUGGGUGUUAUUCGCCCACUCGCCACCAAGAGAAUGAAUCAUCAAUUAGCGCUGAUGGAGUGACGACAGMACCAUCGCCGCAUUAUCCGCAAAUUCACGUCAAACAGGAAUUCCCUCAAACGCAAUACAUGCAAAACGAAGACGAGGUUGCGCACGGAGAUGAAGAGCGAACAAAUGAUAACGGACAGACGGUGCACACAGUUCCAGCUGCUCCGGUCAAGAAAGAUACAUUCAAUGGACACAUGCGAUACUCGCCGUCACCACUGCGCUCAGCAGCCGGCGACAACGAUAGGCAUGAAGAUGGAGGGUGUGCUGAGCAGUUUAAGCGAUGUGUCCUGCCAGUGAAGAAUCUGAGUAAGAAGCGUCGUCAUGAAGUGGCCGUGGAGUCGGACGAAAUACUUGACCUUGCGCCGCAAUCACCAAAGAGACUGGCGCGUUCACCACUCCGUCCCGCGACGCCGGGCGAGAUGAAUGCCAGAACCUCYGAUGAGCACUGUCAGCAGCUAUCGGAGAGUGCGUCGAACCUCUUUACGGCGCUACAGAGUCCACUGGCACCACUACUGCUGCAAAAUCACCUUGGCAUGGCAGCACCAAACUAUGCUGCCAGUGAAAUGCAACAGGCGUUCCAGCUACAACUGCAAAGCUAUGUAGAUGUGAUGCGUCAAGUAGCGCCGGAUAAUUUUCAAAAUCCAACAGCUACGCAUUUCCUGCUCCAAAACUCACUCCAAGCCAUGGCGCAGUUUCAAGCUUUGCAACAGUUGAAACAACAACAACAGUUACAACAAGAGCUGCAACAGCAUUUUGAAGGCGAAGAACACCUACCCACGAGCAGAUUUMAUUCCCAAGGCACGCCAGCACGAGGAAUGAAACACUUUUCCACGCCGUUGGUCUCAUCACCAUUGCGUAGCCCYUCACUAAGYCCAGUUAGUCGGCGUCACUUGAAAUCCUACAAGCUUACACAAGACGAUGAAGAAGAAGAAAGCGGCAACGCAAACUCUUCGCAGCAGACCACACCACCUAAUUCUGCCUUGGGUCUGCAAAUGGGCAGCGCCGUCUUAACGCCAAAUACGCCCGGCAUGUCUUCCAUAUUCCCCAACACGUUACCCGGCGCAACAAUGAGCUUCAGCAGUACACCACAAAACAACAAAGCGGUCGGCGCAAACGCAAUGUCGGCAGCAGCACGCUCUCUCGACCAAUCGCCMGAAGAGACAACCGAUCUGGAAGAACUCGAACAAUUCGCCAAAACUUUCAAGCAGCGCCGCAUUAAACUUGGCUUCACGCAAGGCGAUGUUGGUUUGGCAAUGGGAAAAUUGUACGGCAAUGACUUCUCGCAAACCACCAUCUCACGAUUUGAAGCACUCAACCUCAGYUUCAAAAACAUGUGCAAACUAAAGCCGCURCUGCAAAAAUGGCUGGCUGAUGCAGACAAUACAAUAUCGAAAACGGGCGGUGUGUUCUCACUGAGCUCCAUGACAACAACGCUCACUACWCCUGAAAACAUAAUUGGGCGAAGACGCAAAAAGCGCACCUCCAUCGAGACCAACGUCCGCAGCWCACUCGAAAAGGCAUUCAUGGUCAACUGCAAACCCACUUCAGAGGACAUCAAUAAUUUGGCGGAUCAACUAAAUAUGGACAAAGAAGUGGUGCGCGUUUGGUUUUGCAAUCGUCGGCAAAAGGAGAAGCGCAUCAAUCCCGCCAUGGACCUGGACAGUCCGACAGGCACACCACUCAGCAGCCACAUCUUCGGGUUCGCCGCAAAAGCGCUYAGUAUGUCAAACAGCCAAGAAGCCUCCUCAAUGUGUGGCAGCUCGAUUAGCUCCCUGUCGCCACAUUGCGCGAGCAAGCAAGAAUGAUCCCGAGGCCACAGUGAUGUCAAUCGAAAAAAAUCCUAUCGGGAUAUAAGUAAACCCCAUUCGUCAUACCUGCAGAGCUUCGCACCGCCGCAACAUUCGAGCCGCACACAACCGUUCUUCGAGAACCGCCAGGCUUUGCAAAGGAUUUGGCACUUCUGCGAGAAACCGUCGUCGUUUGCGUCGAACUCGUUCGAUACGUAUUCACACUACACGGAGCUGAUCUAAACAUAUUCACACAACCAUACAUACCUAAGCUAAACAAAUGUGUACAUACAAAAAGUAUUUAAGGCAUUACUUUUACGAAAGUCUAUCUCUUGAUCAUAUCAACGCCCGGCCACAGACAGAGCCAUAAUUUAAUUAUAAUUAUUUAAGCAAUUACAAGUUCCAAAUGUGUAUUUUAAAUGUUUGUACAAUCUAUCACUCAAGUAUUACACACAGUUAUGUAACAGUUAUGUAACGCGUAACGUACAUUUAUAUAUGCUCUUCGGCUACAGCGACACUUGUGGCGAGUACGAAGAAUUGGUAGUAUAUAUUUCAAUUUGUUUUUGGAAUGAAAUUAACCGAAUAUGUACAUAUAUUAUCUAUACACAUACAUGGGCAUGGAGUUGUGUAUGUAUGUAAAUGCAUUGAAUGUGUGUGUAAGUCGCAUUUAAUGAAAUUACUUAGUCAAGGUUCCUAUAUUUAUGUUCAAAUCCAGUUCGUGUAAUUACUUAUGCGCAACACAUGUUCAAAGCAGGCGAGUCUAGUAUAUUUUUUAUCAGUUUUUUGUUUCUCACACUCGAAGAAUUUGAAGUGAAUCACACGAAGCCCGAAAUGCCGAUCUUCUAUUAAAAAGCGAUUUUUAAAUUCCGCAAACAUUUAUGCUUUUCGUGUUUUUACAAACAAACAUAUUCAUACAUAAAUACAUACAUACCAUCACAGAUAAUUGGGUAUUGCUUAUCGAAAUUUCUGGGAAAGUUUUGAUUUCGAAAAUCAGCAUUCAAUGUCUCUAUAUCUUUUUUCAUCAUUUCCGUCUUUUAUUCUUUGUAUGUAUGAAUGUAUGUACGCAAAAAGAGCGAACAUUUUUCAAUUUGGAUUCUGUAACAUAAAAAGUGCAUUAAUAUUAAUUUUUCUAAAGCAAUGCUCACUGCGCGCAGCUUCCGAAUGAUGCCGGAACUGAUGCCUGUGUGCAGAUUGUGGUGGAAUUGGUUUGCAUUUUAUGGUUUGAACUGCACGCUCCACUAGAAAAUGUUUGCCAAUUCCAGUUCUCCUUUUCAAAUAUAUUUCUAAUAUUUCUGAUAUAACUGUUCAAACUUUUUGGAGGCUUUCGUGCAUUUUUUGUUAUUUAUUGUAAAGCCACUUCAGGUUGAGCUGAGUGCUUAUAUGGUAUAUAUUGUAUAGGAAAUUUUUAACUUCUUAUUAAAUUAUUAACUGUAACUAUAUACAUAUGAA